AUGGGGACCCCGUGGGCCUGCCUGCGGGCCUCUCUCUUUCCCUUCUAUGGCAUCCUACCGGGUAUGAAAGCAUACCCGCUCGGCAACCUCGACCUGCCGGUCACGUUCGGCAGUAGGACCAACUACCGCACCGAGACCCUCACGUUCGAGGUGGUAUAUUGGAAGGGGGCAUACCACGCCAUCCUCGGGUGCCCCGCCUACACCAAGUUCAUGGCGGUGCCCAACUACACCUACCUCAAGCUCAAGCUGCCAGGUCCGAACGGAGUCAUCACCAGGAGCGGCUCCUUCAAGAAGGACUACGCCAGCAGUCGCGAGCACUUCGACCUCGCCACCACUGCCGCGAACUCAGCGGAGCUCAGCCAGCUUCACGUCACCACCGCCGAGUGUCGCCCUGACCCUAGCAAGCCCAGCCAUGCACCGACUUUCAUCUCGACUGAGGAGACCAAGCCCAGCCAUGCAUCGAAGCCAACCGCGACAAAAUCGCGGCCAUAA